AUGGACACUUUUGGGAACUGUGUCUACAACCUGCCAGAACACGGCGACAAUUCAAGCAACGAUUGGAGAAAAUGUGCCGUGGCCUCGUGCGGGAAACUUCUCUAUGGGACAUAUGAUCAACCCGAAGUUGGAGAGUCUCGCUCGUUCGCGGUGUACGUCUUGGGCGGAGUUUUGGCCGUGACUUUGAUCGUUCCACUGUUUCUAGUAUUGGCUAUUUAUAAGAUCAAGAAGAAAUCUCAAUCUUCUGUGAGCAUUGAGUGUCUCCUUGGCCUUCCUUCCUUACCUCUGACUUCUCUGGUGUCUCCUUCGCCUUCCUCCCUGACCUCUCUGGUGUCUCCUCGGCCUUCCUCAAUGACCUCUCUGGUGUCUCCUCGGCCUUCCUCCCUGACCUCUCUGGUGUCUCCUUGGCCUUCCUUCCUGACCUCUAACCUCUCUGGUGUGUCCUUGGCCUUCCUCAAUGACCUUUCUGGUGUGUCCUUGGCCUUCCCCCCUGACCUCUCUGGUGUGUCCUUGGCCUUCCCCCCUGACCUCUGA